AGUGUGCUUUAAUUUUGACUGGUGUGUAAGGAAGAAGCGUAAAAGUAGGGGGAAUAUACCGAUGAAGAUCCUGGUUGGUGGCUUUAUUUAAAUACCCACCGAUCAAUUUCACCUCUACACAUACAUGAUUACAUACGCAUAUAAAUACCAGAUUUCAACAUAGAUAAUCAUAAGUUCGCACAAGAGUUUCUCUCUCUACUCUUUUGCUUCUGAUCUUGAUCCAGAAACAAACAGGUAAUUGGUGAGAGGAAGAGUAGAGGGAGAGACAAAAGAAGCAAUGGCAGCAGACAAUUUGAAGGUGCUUAAUGCACUAGAUGUGGCAAAGACGCAAUGGUACCAUUUUACUGCGAUUAUCAUUGCUGGAAUGGGCUUUUUCACGGAUGCAUAUGAUCUUUUCUGCAUAUCUUUAGUUACUAAGAUGCUCGGUCGGAUAUACUACCAUGUUGAUGGCUCGAAAAAACCGGGCAGUUUGCCUCCCAAUGUAUCGGCUGCUGUCAAUGGUGUGGCGCUGUGCGGCACGCUUGCUGGCCAGCUUUUUUUUGGGUGGUUGGGCGACAAAAUGGGUAGGAAACGAGUUUAUGGCGUGACUCUCAUGUUAAUGGCCGUGUGCUCGCUUGCCUCGGGACUUUCUUUUGGAAGUGAGCCGAAAUCAGUAAUGGCGACUCUAUGUUUCUUUAGGUUCUGGCUUGGCUUUGGGAUUGGUGGUGAUUAUCCACUCUCCGCGACUAUCAUGUCUGAAUAUGCGAAUAAGAAAACGCGUGGAGCGUUCAUUGCCGCUGUUUUUGCUAUGCAAGGUUUCGGGAUUCUGGCCGGUGGCAUUUUUGCUAUGAUAAUUUCGGCUGCAUUCAACGCCAAGUUCGAGGCUCCAGCUUAUGAAGUCGAUCCAAUUGCCUCGACUGCUCCACAGGCAGACUACAUUUGGAGGAUAAUUUUAAUGGCCGGCGCACUUCCAGCUCUAUUAACGUACUAUUGGCGGCUUAAGAUGCCGGAAACUGCUCGUUACACCGCCCUUGUUGCCAAGAACAUGAAACAAGCCGCAGCAGAUAUGUCUAAGGUUUUGCAAGUUGACAUUGAGGCCGAGCAGCAGAAAGUGGAGUCGGCAGUAGAAGAGAAAAAAUCGUUUGGUCUAUUCUCAAAGGAAUUUCUUCGUCGUCAUGGGCUGCACUUGCUAGGAACAACAACGACGUGGUUCUUGCUCGACAUUGCAUUUUAUAGCCAAAAUUUGUUUCAAAAGGAUAUUUUCAGUGCUAUUGGUUGGAUUCCUCCCGCGAAAACAAUGAACGCGAUAGAAGAAGUUUUUAGAAUUGCACGCGCACAAACUCUUAUUGCACUGUGCAGUACUGUCCCGGGAUACUGGUUCACCGUGGCAUUAAUCGACGUCAUUGGAAGAUUUGCCAUUCAAUUGAUGGGAUUCUUCUUCAUGACAGUAUUCAUGUUUGCUCUUGCCUUUCCUUACAACCACUGGACACACAAAGACAACCGAAUUGGCUUUGUCGUUAUGUACUCGCUUACCUUUUUCUUCGCUAACUUUGGGCCAAAUGCAACAACAUUUGUCGUGCCGGCUGAGAUUUUCCCGGCUAGACUGCGAUCUACAUGCCAUGGUAUAUCAGCUGCAUCUGGAAAGUUGGGAGCAAUUGUUGGUGCUUUCGGGUUCUUGUAUCUAGCUCAAAACCAAGACAAGGCAAAGGCUGAUGCUGGGUAUCCAGCAGGAAUUGGAGUAAAGAAUUCGCUCAUCGUGUUAGGCGUAAUCAACUUGUUGGGCUUAUUAUUCACUUUCUUGGUUCCAGAAUCAAAGGGAAAAUCUCUCGAGGAAAUGUCGGGUGAAAAUGAGGACACAGAAUGAAUCAAAUAGCUUAAAACAGUUCAAGUAGUAUGAAAGAGUACGUAUAAGGUUUGUUUGGUAAGGUUGGCUACACAACAUCAGACCGUAUGCUCAAUUAGAAAGAAUUCUAUCAAGUACUAUAUACCGAAAAUAUUCCUGGCGUUGCAUUUAACUUUUUCAAUUGUUUGUUGCUAUCUUUUUUUUCUGGAAUUAUUCGGUUUUCGUUCUGUUUGCAAGCCUAGUUUCUUAAGGUUAAGCUUUUGAAUCUUUACUUGUAACAUCAGGUGAAUUCUAGUGUAACUUCCUGCUGUUAUUAUCUGGUAGUAGUGUGUUUAUGAAUAAACCAGAUUGAGCUAA